CCAGCGCGAGGCCGCUGCACUUCGCCGAGCGCCGCUUCCGAAGCGCCCCUGAACGCCGCUCCCCGCGGGGCGGCCCUGGCGGGCGGGAUGGCCGCAGACUGGACGGUGGUGGUCCUGACCUGCCAGCACAAGGACAGCGCCUUCGCCUUCCAGAGAGAGCUGGAGAUCCGCAGAGACAGAGGCUCCCUGGGCCAAGGGACCAUCCUGCUCACUGUGGAAGACCCCAAAGCCCAGGUGGGCAGUGGAGGGGCUACACUCAAUGCUCUCUUGGUGGCGGCAGAACACCUGAGUGCUCGGGCAGGUUAUACGGUGGUCACUGCUGACGUCUUGCAAGAGGCCAGGAUUCUCGUCUUGCACAUGGGUCGGGAUUUUCUCUUUGAUGACUGCAGCCGCGCAUUCCUCUGCCUCCCCCUUGAAGACCCUGCGGCCCCCACCGAGGCGCUUGCCUGCCACUUGGACCGGCUUCUGGCCACCUUGACUGAGCGGGUCUGCAAGGGUUCUCCCCCAGGCGUGUGGGUUUCCAGCACAGAUAUGUUUCUGACGGUCCCUGCCACGGCGGAAAUUGACUGGCGGAACUUCCAGGGGGUGAAAGUGGUUGCAGUGCCCACCAGCGUCUCCUAUGCCAGGCACCAUGGCAUCUACUCUGUGGAUUCUCAGGCGGUGGUGCAAGACAUCCUCCACCAGGGCUCAGAGGAGGAGAUCCAGCGGUGCCUGGGGCCAGAUGGAAAAGUCCCCCUGGUGUGCGGGGUCGUCUUCUUCUCCUCCAGAGCGGCAGAGCAGCUUCUGGCCACCCAUGUCAUCCCCCCACUCAACGCCUGCACCUACAUGGGGCUGGACUCGGGAGCCCCGGCCCUCCAGCUAUCUCUCUUCUUUGACCUGCUCCUCUGCAUGGCCCAGGCAGUGACGGAGGAGGCCUUUGUAGCUGGACGCCGAACAGGGACGGGGGAAGGAGAUGCCCAGAGCUCUGGGGCAGCUCGGAGUGCCCGCACUGUGCUGUGGAAGACUCUCCGCAAGCUGCCACUCACAAUGGCCUACCUCCCUGAUGGCACCUAUGACUACAUGACCUCAUCCGCCAGUGAGCACAUCUACCACCUCACCUCUCAGCUGGGUGAUGCCCACAGCAGGGAUUUCUACAAGGUGGCCCAUUCCACUGUGGAUGAGCCGCGUCUACUGGAGGAAGGCUGCUCUCUCACCAACUGCCUGUUGGAGGGUGCUGUGGUUGUGGGGCCAGGGAACGUCAUCCAGCACUGCAGCCUGGAGGGCCCCUUGCACAUCCGUUCCGGCUGCCUCCUCACAGGGCUAGAUGGGGCCUCCUCCGUGGCCCUCAGAAGCCACGUACUUCAGGACGUUGUCAUUCAGGGACAUCUGAUCCGGCUGAGACACAUGAGCUGCAAAGUAUUCACUCUGAGUGGACGUCACGAUGACUGGCAGACUACAGCGACUGAAGAGAAUGGCACCUUCUUGAACUUGCCAUGGGCAGCCUUGUAUCACCGGACUGGAAUACGGAGCCAGGACCUGUGGAGGCCAGACGUCCCACGGGAGAAGCGCUGCCUGCUGAAUGCCUGUCUCUUCCCUGUGCUCUGCUUCUCGGAGACCCUGGGCCUCGGGGACCUCUUGUGGCUCUUGGGCUCUCCAGAGCCGCAGCAGCUGCAGUCCUGGAGGAAGGCCUGGCGCAUGUCCUGGGAGGAGAUGAGGGCCUGUCUGGACCAGGAGGCCGAACUGGCCUCCCGCAGGGCCCUCUUUUUCCUACAGGCCCAGCGCAAAAUCCAGCGGGUCCUGAGGGAGCAGAGGAAUUGCAGCCUCCUGCCCCUGAUCCGCUCGGCUGUCCUGGAGGGCUUUGGGGAGGCUCUGCUGGAUACACUGGACCAGGUGGCUGCCACCGCUGGGGAUCUGGGGGUUGCUGCUCGGGCCCUGGCCUGCAUCGCAGAUCUCCUGGGCUGCAUGGCCAGAGGAGAGGGGGGGUUACGGAGUGGCCCCACCGCCAACCUUGCUUGGGCCACUGCCUUCCAGCAACUGGAGAAGGGAGACAUCGCUCAGGGCGUAAAGGCACUUGCUGUGGAGAGGAAGAAAUGGUUAAGCAGACCCAUCCUGCUGGUUCGCGCUGCCCGACACUACGAGGGGGCCGAGCAGAUUCUCAUCCGCCGGGCCAUCCUGCUCUCCUGCCAGUUCAUUGGCCUCUGGCAAGUGGAACUGCCUCCCCUGGGCUGCUGGGUGAGAGUGGAGUGCCCUGCACGGAUUGACCUCUCUGGGGGCUGGAGUGAUACCCCUCCAAUCACGUAUGAACACGGUGGAGCAGUGGUGGAUGUGGCUGUCCUGGUGGACGGCUGUAGGCCUAUUGGUGCCCAGGCCCGACGCAUUGCCAAACCAGAAUUGCAGCUGAUCAGCACCAGUGGAAGUCUGGAGGGAGAGGUGGCGGUGGAGUUGGUCUGUCGUGACCUAGAGGAUCUGAGGGAUUACUGCCAGCCACACAUGCCAGGAGCCUUGCUCAAAGCUGCCUUGGUCUGCACUCAGAUUGUUAAUCUCCUGUCCCCGCAAACCUUGCGAGAACAGCUGCAGGAACGAUUCGGAGGUGGCUUUGAGCUUCACACCUGGUCUCAUCUGCCCCAUGGAUCGGGCUUGGGGACAAGCAGCAUCCUGGCAGGUGCAGUGAUCGCAUCCCUCUAUCGCGUAUCUGGGCGUUGCGCUGGUGUAGAGUCCCUCAUUCAUGCGGUGCUGCACUUGGAGCAGGUUUUGACCACAGGUGGCGGAUGGCAAGACCAGGUGGGUGGGCUGGUCCCAGGGCUUAAGAUUGGGCGCUCGAAGGCCCAGCUGCCACUGAAGGUCGAAGUGGAAGAGAUCAGCCCCCCAGAAGGCUUCGUCCACACCUUGAACCAGCACUUGCUCUUGCUGUACACGGGGAAGACCCGCCUUGCUCGCAACUUGCUCCAGGUAUGUGAGGCGCAUCUUCUGACUAGCACCCCGCUUUGCACACGUUUGCUCCUAGAUCUUAGUCUCAUAACGCUGAUUCCUUGGGUAGACACAAUGCUGUGGGGGUGCUUGGGCGCCCGUCCUCCAGAGAGCACGUGUGUGUGUGUGUGUGUGUGUGUGUGCUGCUAUCCUCCUCCCCUUCUCCUUCCAGGCAACCUGGCUCUGCUGGGCCAGUGUAUGAAUCGGUACUGGCUGCAGAAGAAAGAGAUGGCCCCUGGCUGUGAGCCUCUGGUGGUCCAGCAAAUCAUGGAGGUGCUCCAGCCCCACGUCUAUGGGCAGAGCCUGGCCGGGGCUGGCGGUGGGGGCUUCCUCUUCCUGGUAACCAAAGAACCCAGGAACCGGGUGGCCUUGCAGGAGAUCCUGGCGGAAGCUGCGGUUCUUGGAAAUGUCACCAUCCACACUGUGGAAGUGGACACAGCAGGAUUCAAGGUGGAGCUUCUGGGGGACACACACACUUUAGAGGCAUGAAAGAGCAGCUCCGUCCUGGGCUGCUCCUCCACCAUGAAGGGGGUGCAGGCACCAGCUGCAGGGCAGGGACGAAGAGCCGGUUCUGCUCCGCUGCAGAUCCCACUCAAGGAAACGGUGGACGAAAUUCUUGGAAAGAGGUGAAAGCAGCAGGACGUUCAUCCAUUGCAGGAGGCAAGCAACAGCCAGCCUGGCAAACCUAAGCGCUUCCCAUGCAAAUGGGUCCCCCAAGGAAGCAGUGCAUUGGCUGGGAACGCCCACAGUUAUUCAUUUGCAAUUGCAAAAUAAAGGUUGCACUGGUUGCUUUCUUAAGAGCUAAUGAGGGUCUGGUGCAUUUUUAAAUUCAAAGUGGCAAUACAUUGCUUGUAAUGGCAGAAAUUAUAGCCUACUGAGGAGGAGACAUGAACUGAGGGCCCCUGAGGCCCAGCCAAAUGGGAAGAUGUUGCAGGCAAGAGAAAACUCCUUCCUGUCCCAAGCUUUGAACUGCUGGGGGGGCAGGGGGUCAGGGGGAACCAGCACAGCCCUCAGCCACCAAGGGGGCUGCUGUUGUCUUGACCGAGGUCUGCAUUGAGCAGAGGGACCGGUUCCGACAACCCUGGAGGCCCUUCCCAGCCUUGAUUCUACUGUUAACACUACCCUCAGAAUCACACUUCCACAGAAUUCUGAUUCAUGGGAUCUUGGGGAUCAUCUAGUUAAACCCCUGUUCAACGUAGGAAUUUCCCAUCUCAGCAUCCCUGACCAAUGGCCACCCGGCCUCUGCUUGAAGAGAGCAAUUCCCCACAUCCUCACUAGCAAGCAGCUCCAGUCCUGCAGGACUCUUCCCCCAAAAUCUGCUUCCUGUUUAAAGCCCUGGUUUCUUGUCUCUGUCAUGGGCUUCCCUAUCUAUAGUAUCUCCUCCCCGUGUUCCAGCUACAACAGCUAAGCCAGAGGAGUUACGCCCUCAGCCAGAGGCCAUUUCGAUCAGACCGGAGGCUUCCCCAACACGGCAUUUGGCUUCUGCAAGCUGCAACCACAAGCCAAAAGCAGGACAGCCCAGGGCAGCAGGGACAUUAAAAGUGCCCCCUCCUUCUUCCCUGGAGGGAAUCAGCAGAAUGCAACAGCUGCUGGCAACUGGUUCCUCCUGUGAAGUGGCCCAAUCUUCUUUCAGUCAUCAGCCACACCCAAUUUCAGUGAAGAGACUAAGAGUUGAACUAGAAGACUUUGGGGUCUUCCAGUUCAA